AUGAAUAAAGCAAAUUACUCUGAAGUGUCUCAGUUUGUGUUCCUGGGAUUUUCUACCAAUGGACCAGUGCAGCAUUUUCUCCUUGCCUUCUCUACAAUGCUUUAUGUAACAAUUAUUCUAGGAAACCUCCUUGUUAUGUUUACAGUGACCUUUGACCCUCAUUUACAUUCCCCCAUGUACUUCCUUUUAGCCAACCUCUCAUUUAUUGAUUUGUGUCUUUCUACCUUAACAGUUCCUAAGAUGAUUUCUGACCUGUACUCUGGGCACAAAACUAUAUCCUUCAAGGGCUGUGUCACCCAGAUAUUCAUCCUCCACAUCCUGGGUGGCUCUGAGAUGGUGCUGCUCAUCGCCACGGCCUUAGACCGAUAUGUGGCCAUAUGUCAGCCCCUCCAUUACCUCACUGUAAUGAGCCCAAAAGUGUGCGUUUUGUUUCUUUCUGGUGCUUGGAUUGUAGGCCUCAUUCACUCAGUGGCCCAGUUAGCUUUUGUUGUCCAUUUGCCUUUUUGUGGUCCUAAUGAGAUAGAUAGCUUUUAUUGUGACCUCCCUUGGUUUAUCAAACUUGCUUGCACAGACACCUACAGAAUGGAAUUUCUGGUUACUGCCAACAGUGGGUUCAUUUCCAUGGUCACCUUAUUCUUGUUGAUUAUCUCCUAUGUCUUCAUCCUGGCCACUGUAUGGAAACGCUCUUCAGGUGGUUUGGCUAAGGCCCUUUCUACUCUGUCAGCUCACAUCACUGUGGUGGUUUUGUUUUUUGGACCAUGCAUCUUCAUUUACAUGUGGCCAUUUCCCACAGUGCCAGUGGAUAAGUUUCUAGCCUUUUUGGAUGUUAUGAUUACACCCAUUCUGAAUCCUAUUAUCUACACACUGAGGAACAAGGAUAUGAAGAUGGCAAUGAGGAGACUGAGUAGUCAACUCCUGAAUUUGAGAAAGAGCUAA